GCCCGGAGCACGUGUUGCAGCACGUGCAGCGGGUAGGCUCUGCACAUGCGCAGAAGGCGCGACCGCAAGGCGGGAAAAGAUGGAGCAACUCGAAGUGGACCUGCCAUGCGCAGAGGCCAGCGACCCCGCGGCCCCGGCCGCGGCGGAAGGCUUGGAGCCUCAGAGAUCCGCGGACCGAGGUGCCGCCCAGGGAGCCGGCGGGGGCCCGGCCAGUGCCAGCCACCAGCUGCCAGCACUGGAGGGGAAAGCAGGACUCUACCUUUCUUCUCUGGAUUCGAGCAUUGACAUUUUGAAGAAGAGAGCCCAGGACCUGAUUGAAAACAUCAAUGAGAACAGACAGAAGGACCAUGCACUCAUGACCAACUUCAGAGACAGCCUCAAGAUGAAGGUCUCGGACCUGACGGAAAAGUUAGAAGACAGGAUGUACCAGGCCUACAGCCAGCACAGCAAGGUCAUUCAGGACCGGCUGCAGGAGUUCACCCUCAAGAUGACGCAGAUCAGCCACCUGGAGACAGAGCUCAAGCAAGCGUGCCGCACCGUGGAGACCGUGUACAGGGACCUGUGUGUGCCCCCUGAGGCCACCACUCUGGAAGAGCCAACCUAUAAAGACGUGGAAUGCUGACCGACGCCAGGAGUCACCUCCUGGCCACAGCUUCCCUCCAAGGUUCAGAGCCACCUGUAGGCCCCCCUAGACUGUGCCCUAUGGUUCCAGACGCAAGCGCAAGAGCAACUAGACCCCAAGCCCCACACCCCAUACAGCAGGCACAGGCCCCACGUGGCCCGGCCUUGGCCUGCAAGCUGAUUAAACACCUGAU